AUGGUGUCGAACCCAGUUUUGCGGAGGACGAACCCAGUUUUGCGGAGGAAGAACUCAACGAAGACGAGUUUCAGGAAUCCAUUGGGAGUCUUUGACAACCCAGAUGUCGAGGAAUCUCAUAUCGAUCAGUCAAACACAGCGAAAGAUUUCGCAUUGAACGAUGAGAUUUAUCAGGAGAUGCUUGGAGCGAAGCUUGCUAGCAUCAGGCAGCAUGUGAAUGAGAUUGAAAGAGAGUCAUCCUCGCGGAAAAUUCAAGAAGAGAAUGUUGCAACUCUCAGUCGGCUCCGUCAAUGCUCGACGAGAAGGGAGAUGCUCAUUGUUUUGCACGAGAAGAACUUGCACGGGCAGCGGCGGUGGAUUCCUUUCGUGUACAUCAAGGCGUACUCAGAGAUGAAGAGCUUGUGUGAAGGAAAUGAUUAUAUCACAGAGGGAAAUGAUCAUAUCAAAGAGCUGAAGAACAUGGAGGAGUACAUUCUCAGGAAAUCCCAGCAAAAAAAUUGGAUGGAAUGCAGGGGCCCAGUGGGAGAGCUUCCCGUGCACUUGGCUUUCUUGUUCGGACUGGACGAGUUGGGCAGGAAGAUGAUCAAGCAGGCUAUCGAGAAUGUCAAAACUGAGGAGCAAGGCAAGGAUGAACAAGAAGUUCGUCGACGAAGUUGUGUCAAUGUAACUUACGAAAAUGAUCUCAAAGUUUGGUUCAAAGAGACCAAGGAGGGUGAUGCAGAUCAUGCGAUUUGUGCAUUUAUUAGAGAACGAUUUGGGGAUUCAACAAGGGAGGAAGCUCUCCUUCCUAUCAGUCGCCUCAUGGACGUCGCAUCAGGCAAGGACGGAGGAAUGUUCACCGGAGAGAGCCUUCUUCACAUAGCGAUAGUUCAGAACCUAGAGGAGAGCAUAACUUGGUUGCUUGAGCAAGGAGCAGAUCUGCUGAGCCGGGCAACAGGCAUCUUCUUUCAACCUUACAGUAUCGAGGAGCUUGAAAUUGACAGAAAGCUUUUUUCUCAUAAUCGCCAGAUGAACACGUUAGGAGGAGCUUGUCACUAUGGGGAGUUUCCUCUUUCUUUCGCUUGCAGCGUCGCGAGCCCAAGAAUCUGCCACAAGAUCGCAGGCCGAGCCUUCAAGUUAUUGAAGCAGUAUGAGGAAAACAAAAUUGAGGAAGCUAAUAAGGAGCAGGUGACGGAGCUUGUGGAUUAUCUGACAACGUGGCAUUAUGAAAACACCGAUGAACAUAGAUCGCAAAAUGACAAGUUGGAUUGCAAGACCUUAUACUCGGCGUUUCUAAACAACCGGGAUCACCUAGGCAAUACUGCUCUACACAUGGCGGUUCAGCAUGGAAAUAUCGACGCAAUCAGGUGGCUUCUUGACAGUUCCGCGGAGCCAUCCAUGUGCAUGCUCAAUCAAGACAAUCUCACUCCCCUCACACUUGCCGUCCGACGAUCCCAAAAAGAAGCUUUCUCCGUCCUGAGGCUCAGGAUGCAAGACUUGGCAUGGACUUAUGGUCAAGUAGCGAUGGUGGCGACUCCUCUCUUUCAGAUCGACAGCUUCAGAACGUCAGAACGAUCCAACUCACCCGACAGGAGCGACGACAAAGCCUUCCAGCCCGUUCGCUCGUACCUCGUGCGUGACAAACGCAUGAAGAUCAAGGUAGCAGCCUCGUCUCUGUGGGAGAAGCUGCGACCCUCCCGCAGGGUUCAAGCUGUCCCCUACUCCUCCUGUGCCACUUACCAUCUCCACAAUGACCCCCGAUGGAAAAGCGCAGUCGAAGUGCUGGUGGAGCACGAGAUCGUUUCCUUUGCGUUUGUCAAGAUCUUCCGAGAUCUCGUGGACGGCAAAUGGCUCGCCUUUGCACGCUUUCGAUAUCUCCGCUACCAUUUCCUUCCCUACCUCACGUUCGUUAUCUUCUGCACGAUAUCCUUUGAGCGGAGAUGUCGACAGGUCUGGCAGGACGUGAUGAAUGAUGGUAUCAACAGCGACUCGCUGAUCAUGACGGCGAGCGAAGAGGGCAUCAUCAUCAUCGACAUCAUUGUGUACCUUAUUGGCAUCCCGUACCUCUUCUACCUCAGCUACUUUGAAGCUCGCCUUCGCAGGAGAGACUUGGAUCCCGACGAGGAUUUCCAACUGACGUUCGAUGAGAUGAUCUUCUUCCUGUACAAGAACGUCACUUCCGUGAGCUGCCUCACGAGCGCCACCUGCUUGACCGCCGUUGCAAUCUUGCGCAUCUCAGGGCACAAGGGAGCGAGGGGAUGGAACGACGCCAGUCAUUCGGCUAACAUCCACCGCGACGAGUUUCGGCUCAUGGCGUGGCUGAUGCUUGUCCUCUGGUGCAGCCUGCUGCACAUGCUCCUCCCUUUCCGCUUCAUCGGGCCCCUGCUGAUGACAAUCUGGAAGAUGCUCAUCGGAGAUGUGUUCAAGUGGCUGUUCGUCUACAUCUUCAUCCUCCUCGGCUUCUCGCAGUCCGUCUACAUCCUCAUUCAGGAUGCCUCCUUGGAGCACGGCUCCUUCCUCGGCUCUGGCUUCUCGGAGUUGCUAACGAUGAAUGCUCCCGUCUCCAACUUCGACUACGUCGUUCGAUAUCUCUACGUCACGCUCGGGGAUGUUCGACAGGACGAGGUGGAGGUAGCAGGGAGCACCUUCGCGGACGUCUGGUUAGUCCACAUCGCCUUCAUUGCCCUCUCCACCAUCCUCCUCGUCAACCUCCUCAUCGCCACCAUGGGCAACACGCACAGUCUUGACAUCUCCGCGAGCGGAUACCUCAACUGGUGGAUGUAUCAUGCAAACAUCGUGCUUCAGAUGGAGCGAGAGCUCUCGGAAAAGGACAAGAUCAGCCAUCGCAGUGGCCAAACCCAAAGGGAGGCUGUGAAUGGCAACCCUGCUUCUGCCGAGUACGCCUACACAUCUGUAGGAACAGCCCUGAUCCAGGAAGUGGAAGGGACAGAGGCCAAGCACAAGGGUCUGGAGUUUGAGGUCGAGCAGCCGUGGAUGCCCGGCAUGGAUUCCAGAAGAUCCUCCAUGCGGGACGGGAGGAUCGGCAGCGCUGAGAGUUUUAAGCGCCUCCACUCUGGGUCCCCGAGCCCGAGCCUAGCAAACUCUCCGAGAUUUCACUCUUCGGACCGAGACAAGCAGCUUUCGCUUCCUCGGAAAGAUGUGCGACCAGCGCCGAUGCACUCCUUCGGCGUAGCGCAGGUUUCAACUCAGACAAGAAUCCCUAGGGAGACGAAGUUUGACAGCGCGCUGCAAUGUAUCAUCCAGAGCUCGGCAAUCUCUAUAAGCCCUGUCGACUGCAUCGACGGGGCAACACAGACUGAGACAUCUGGCGACUCUCUGCACCGUCACUUGACGAGGCUCAAAAAACUUCCUGGGGCAUCAACGAGGCCGCGACGACCUGAGCCUUGA